GCGUGGUCCACGAUCCGGGCGAUCGUGGUCAGCCAGCAGUAGCAGCGGGCGCGUGCUAGUGUCGACAUCGGUGCUGCUCGUCCCUUUCCAGAUCCGUUACCUUCCACCUCCUCGUACGCUCACGGACCUCCGUGGAACAGGUACGGCCAGCCAGAAAGAGAACCGGUUCCUGUCGGCUGGUGGAAAGCGGCACGAGGCGGCGCGAGCUUAACCCGGCACACCGGAUUUCGUAUCGUCUGCGGCGGAUAUCGAACCCUAUCCGAGUAUGAGCACCUCGACGUUCGUGGGGAAUUCAGACGGCCUAGUGACAGACGAAGCAGAGGUUACGACGACGGUAAAUCUGACGAGUAGAGUCGGCCACGGGGUUUCUGGACUUUGUCCCGUGCCUCCUCCACCGCCACCACCACCUCCAGUGCCUGGUCAGGUGCCGGCCAUGAGGAUCAACACCAUCGAGGCACCGGUGACAAGAAGGCCGCAGAUGGCUAACAACGAUGUUUACGAACCACCAGCGGCUAUUCAGAACGCAAUGCUGACCAAGGAUAAGAAACCAUUCACGUAUACACCGGGAAUGGGUGGAAAAUUGGACCUUUCUCAAAUUCGAAGCCCACGAAUGGCACGCAGAGUGGCGAAGAAUGCGAACGACGAGGGAAUCGAGGGUCCGCCAAAAUCGGCGCUUGAACCGAAGCCGACACCAGCACAAAACACCGGGGCUAAUCUGUUUGUUCAGCCUCAAGUGGCGAUUCCUGUCUUUCCGACCAAUGUUCCGGUUCAACCGUCUGUCAAUAGAACGCCAUCUACACCUCCUGCCAAUAAGAUUCAACCUGCUACUCCAGAGAAGCAACCAGAAUCACCGAAACACGUGACCAAAGCAGAGACCAAAGUAACGCCCACGAUUGCAGUUCAGCCGAACACACCCGAGAGUCCGAGCACUCCGACUCAAGUGACUUUGACAAAGGCGCCAACUCCGUGGCUGCAGAAUAAGAACAAGCCACAGGAAGAAUUACCAGAGUGGGCGAAACGUUCGAGCGUGAACAAGCAGCAGAGCACGUCAUCGUCUUCGCCGGAUAGUCCAACGUCACCACCGGUUUACGCGCCUUCGAUUCAGCAAACACAGCAACAAUCACCACAAUGGCAACAAACCCAACAAAGACAGCAAUCGAUUCAACAGAGGCCGCAGUCUCAGCCGCUUCAACCAACACAACAGAGACCAUCGCAAAUUCAGCAACCGCAACAAUACCAAUACCAGCAGCCUCAGCAAUUCAAUCAGCAACAGAAACGUCCGUUCUCUAGUCCUUCUGCAACGCAACAGAUUCAUCCAACGCAGACGCAAGAACGCAUGAUACCAAUUCGCAUUGAGGAUAGGCCGUCUGUGUUCGACGUAAAACCAGAGCCUGGUCACCAUCAAUUCAAGCAAGCGAGUCCACAUCAUCAGCAGCGCUGGGGACAACCGACUCAGAAUCAGGUUCAAAAUCAGGUGCAGAAUCAAGUUCAGAGUCAAGUUCAGAAUCAGAUGCAGAAUCAAGUUCAGAAUCAGAUCCAGAAUCAGGUGCCUCAACAAUCGACAGGUGGCGCGUACAUUAUACCAAUUAUGAUCGAGGGAAGUGAUAAGAAGCCUGCUGGUGUAGCUACUUCGAAUACCUCGUACUCGCAACCGAUUCUUAGGAAUAACGCGUCUAAUGCUGAGAAUCAGAACCAGAAAGUGAUGGCGCAACGUAUUAUACCUGUGCAAGUUCAGCAAUCGGAUUCUGGUCCAGUUCAAUCUCGAUCGUUCAGAGUUCUUCAGAAGAUCACAGACACGGAUUCAACGAACGACGUGGACACUGAACAGAUGCGUAAACUUCAAUUGUCAGAGGACGAUAGGAUUCUGAUGAAUAAAUUCAAGGAACAAAUCGACAAUGAAUCUUCUCUUCAUCACGAGGAAGAUCCGAGAUAUCGUGGUGGUGCUAUACCCUCUCGAGCUUUCCGCUUCCUACAGACUAUGACGGAGUCCGGUGAUGCUCCUGCUGUGAACACAACGUCACGACCACCAUCCGCCAUAAACAAGAAGCAGAACAGGAAUUCAAAGACGUUUGAAGAAACGCAAGCGAACUUACCACCAAGCGAGCAACAGGUUCCAGAGCCAAAGAAAUACAUGGGCAGCGCGAUUCCCUCCAGAUCGUUCAGGAUAUUACAAGCGAUGACAGCGCCGGAGAGCGUCGCCACGCAAGAAAAUCGUCAAGCAGAUUACCACUGCCAAACAGAGAAUAACGUGCCGGGCAAUCAGCAGGGUGUCUUCCUCUCUCCCUGUCCUCCUCCAUUUUGGACCCCUGACAGUGGUUGGUGGGGUUACUACCCUCUUCCAUAUCCUGGUGUCGCGAACGAAUCUUACCCUUAUCAUCCUGAUAACACUGCCUAUGUAUACUUUCCUAUUUACAAUCAAAAUUACCCACUUUAUUCACCUUAUCCACAGUAUGAUCCGAUGAAUAAUAAAAACGCAUAUUCUGGUGUUUACCCACCUUACAUCGUCCCAGUUGCUCCACAGAACAAUAACAAUUGCAAUAACAAUUGUGAACAAGUCUGUGGCGAUGUGAUAGUAGCAAAAAUUCACUCAACGAAUAUUACAGAUAUUGCAGAUAUUGCAGAGAAUAUUCAGGAAAAUAAUGGAGGAAAUAAAGCACUGGAAAGUAAAAUUGCCAGGGAGAACGAUGAUAGUACAAAUGGUGUUCUGCAAUGGGAGAAGGUGAACAGCGUGUCACGAACUGCCAGCAACAAUAGCAAAGACAGUGACUGUACUACUGCGAUGAAUAUUACCGAUGAAGAGGAGAUUCCUGGUGAGAUAAUUGUGUCAGAAGUAGACGAGGAUAACAAGAAUUCUAACAGACCAGAGACGAAAUCUUGCCCCAAUGGAAGUCUCAAUGUCAACGUUCCAAAUUAUACCUACAUCGACACGAGUGACUCCAGCGACUCCACCGACACGGAAUCGCAAUCUGACAACGAGUCCAUCAUCGAAUCGUCUAAAGGUAGCAGUGAUUCUGAUGAUUCUUCUUCCGAUAGCGACGACUCUGAUUCUUAUUUAGCGUACUCUACGGGACUGAAUGCUCAUGGCAGGUUAGAAAAUGACGAUGAGAGGAAUCCGACUAAAAAUAGCUCGAGCAAAGAAUCUUGCAACGAGGACGAAAAUUCUGAAUCAUCCUGUAAGAACAAUGUCGAUUCUGGAGCAGAUGUUGAGCAACAAGUGGAGGACAACGUGGAGAAAACGCAGACCAGCACGUUUCCUCAUCAACUGAGCGUGAUUUACGAGGACGUCGAGCGUCCAGAUUCCGAGAGUCCUAGAGCCCGAGGGCCUAGAAGUGUGAAAGACUGGAACGAGACGCCUCUCGAAACCAUUGACGACCCUCCUGAUGAUACUGACGCGCCAACAGUCAGCGUGAGUCUGCCAUUGAGAUUUAAAUUUUCUGUAUCUGAAAAUAACGAAGAUGUGACCACAGUGAUCGUUGGAGACAGCACCAUCAAGCCUGAGAGAGGUUAUAGCAAGGAAGAAAGCAGAAAGUCGAAGGUCCAAGACAGUAGAAGUCAGAUGGAGAAGGCUAAUGAGGUUUCCGCGGAUUUUGUAGUGAAGAAUGACACUACUGUGGAUUUUGUAGUUAAAAAGAAGAGCUUCGACAGCAAACAAAAGGACAGGGAUCAUUCUAAUGAAAGGACGAAGGAGGAAACGACGGAAAGUAAGGUGAAAGAGGACGAAGAUCCUGUAGUACCCCAUGUGAAUUUUACUUUGAGGAAGAUUCCUACUAGGUUUGGUAAAAUCAAUUGCGAAGAGACUGUGGAGACAGAGUUCACGAUUAGGAGAAAGACGAGCGUGAAAAAGGAAGAGGAUAGGACGAACAAGGGUCAAGAAGAACGCGCUAAUAUGAAAAGUAACGAUGAUUCUGUGACCAGAGAGAAUAAAGAAAAUAAUUGCACUCACGUUGCGACAGCGAAGGACAUUGGUUCAGAGACGCGCGACUUCAACAGAAACAUCCUGAAACCUGAAGUGAUCGUCUCUGAGUUUAACUUGGCAGAGGAAUCUUCGCAACACAACAAGGAGUCUUCUGACAAGUUACAAAGUACAGACUCGAAGAUGAAACGAGUGGAUAAGUCUGAAGGAAACAGUGACCUGUUAAAAAAAGGCAAAGACGAGGUAGGUAUUGAAGAGAAAAGAAGCAAGGAGUCGAAGCACCUGUUGAGCGUGCAGAAUUCCCGAGAAGAGACGGACGACGAAGACAGUGGCGUCACUUCGGACAUGAGUCGCAUGAUCUCCGAAGUGGAUACAGAUUCGGAAUGCACCUCGUCGAAAAACAUGAGAAAGUAUCAGAGGACUCAGACUCACUCGAGAUUGUUCAGGCUUCUAAACGACGACUCGAUCCUCCUAGAAGAUACAGAGAAAACCAAUGAAUCUUCUUCGACUGAAGAAUACCUUAACCUACCUCUGAAGAGCAACGCCUUCAAUUACGACGAGAAUUAUUGUUCCAAUUACUCUAGCGGCGUGACAUCUCCAGAAUAUUCGCCAAUUUGCGAACAAUCGUGGAAGAGACUUCACGACGCGGACAAUUCCAGGUUACCGGACCAAAAUGGCGACGUGUUACGUCAAGGUCGACAAGAUCGAAUUUCCUGCAAGGAAGACCCGUACUAUCAAGCUUGGAAAACUCCCAAACCUCCGGCACCAUCGGUGGAUCACGACGUGGUGCCAUCGUUGGCUUUCAAGGUCCUGGAAAGUAGAAGGCCAUUAUGGUCGUACAAGGUCCCGAUGCAACGGAUUACUGAGCAAGGACGAGUGCCUCCAUCAGAAACAUGGCAUUGCUAGUGUGUUUUCUUUUCUUUCUUUUUUUUAUUUUUUAUUUUGUUUACGACGACUCGUCGCGGUUCGUUUUAACACGACAACCAUCGAUACCACAGGACUGCUGCUGAGAUCUUCCCAAGUCACCUCACUGUAUUUGUUGCCCCGUAUAGGUUUCGUCUUGUCCCUUCCGCCAUUCUCUUUAUUUUACUCCUUCUUCUCCCUUAAUCCCACGGUGUGCGCAUAUUGUUAGAAGACGAAGAACUUUCGAGAGAUCGAUCGGUCGUUCGAACGAUCGACAACUAACGACAUUCACUGAAACGAAUCACGUGACUGGUUUUUCGAUUUCAAAAUUGAAAAUAAUCGUCACCUGGUCGCGGUGAUUUCCUGUUUCGCCAUCUUCGAUAAAAAGGAAUCAACGCGAAGUGUAUUCGUGUCGAAUACCAUCACGUUACCUCGAUCAAUCAUUGUGCUAUAUUUAUGUAAGUUGUGUAAAAUAAAUUAUUUGUAAAGUUCA